UAUGACUACAGAGCAUGGUGGUACAGUGCACAUGGAUUUAGUCGACCUCUACCUCCCGGAGUGUUUCACCUACCACUCUGACGCAGAACAUCUGGGCAGGAUGUCAGUGAGGGGCUUGGACCCCACCUGUCCCACCACUAUAAAGCGUGAGCCCUCCAGCCCGAGCCCCAGCUCUCAGGGUGAUGUCAGCCCGGCCCAGCCCAGUCCUGGAAGCUCUUCCUCGGACACAAACUCCAGCUUUGGGCCCCCGAUCAAAGGCCACAAUCACAGCAAUGGACUGGACUCGCCAGGCCUCUACGGUCACACAGCCGGGUUGGCCAACAGUGGAGGAGCAAAUAGGAGGUUUGUGGAGGAAGAAAGCCAAGUGAAGUGUGAGUUCAUGCUGAGCUCGGUGGCCAAGCGUGUGUGUCUGGUGUGCGGUGACGUCGCCUCGGGCUACCACUAUGGCGUGGCCUCCUGUGAAGCCUGCAAGGCCUUCUUCAAGAGGACCAUCCAGGGUAAUAUUGAAUACAGCUGCCCAGCAUCCAAUGAAUGUGAAAUCACCAAGAGAAGAAGGAAAUCCUGCCAGGCCUGUCGAUUCGUGAAAUGCUUGUCCGUGGGCAUGUUGAGAGAAGGUGUGCGUCUGGACCGGGUUCGAGGCGGCAGACAGAAGUACAAGAGGAGAAUAGACGCUGAAAACAGCCCGUAUCUGCACCCACAGAAUGCCUUGCCUCAGAAAAAAACGUUCAUUGUUGGAGGUGUGGUAGAAAACAAGGUGGUGUCUCUGCUGCUGGUGGCCGAGCCGGAGGGCAUCUUCGCCAUGCCCGACCCCACCGUACCUGAGAGCGACAUCAAGGCUCUGACCACGCUGUGCGACCUGGCGGACAGAGAGCUGGUGGUCAACAUCGGCUGGGCCAAACACAUCCCAGGCUUCCCCUCUCUCUCUUUGGCCGACCAGAUGAGUCUCCUGCAGAGUGGCUGGAUGGAGAUUUUGAUUCUCAGAGUGGUUUUCCGCUCGCUGGGCUUUGAGGACAAGCUGGUGUACGCUGAGGAUUACAUCAUGGAUGAAGAGCAGUCAAAGCUAGCCGGUCUGCUUGAUCUCAACAACGCCAUCCUGCAGCUGGUGAAAAAGUAUAAAACCAUGGGGCUGGAGAAGGAUGAGUUCGUGGUUCUCAAGGCGAUUGCACUCGCCAACUCAGACUCAAUGCAAAUUGAGGACUCAGAGGCCGUUCAAAGACUCCAGGACGUCCUUCACGGGGCCCUACAGGAUUACGAGGCCACCCACCACCCAGAGGACCCUCGGCGGGCUGGCAAACUGAUUAUGACCCUGCCUCUCCUCCGUCAGACGGCUGCUCGUGCUGUCCAGCACUUCUGCAGCAUCAAACAGGACGGCCGGGUGCCCAUGCACAAACUGUUCCUCGAACUGCUGGAGGCCAAAGCCUGACCCGAACACAGACAGCCAUCACGUUCAUCCUGACCCCCGCUGCAGGGGUUAGCAGGACAGGAGGUGUAUAACGGGUAAUGGUGGGGUUUGACACCAUUCAUUUCUUCAUUUCAGCUUUGACGGUAAGGUUUUGAAUCUGGGAAUGCUGGGUGGUAUGUUCUAUGGAACAUUUUGAGAGCAACACCCUUCCUUCUCCCAGUGAAAGUUUGAAUGGAACAGUUUAAUUUGAAGUGAUUGUCCUGACAAUGAGGACAUUGUCAUCUUUGCUUUUUGUGACAGAAAAUGAAGCGCACUGACCUGCUUCAAAAGGUCGAAGGCAGAUGGACAGAUGGCGUUAACACAGAAGAAAUCGCCUUCGAGACAUAUUUAUGGUAACAUGCCAAAAGUAGAGCUUCUUUUGUCAAAAGACCACCUGAUACUUGAAAAUCCUAUUGGAUUAUUUCAUCCAUCGUGAAGCCUGUUUAUCUGCAUUCUAGUGCAUUUAGAAAGCCUUUUGAUGAUUUGAUUUUCUUUGUCCUUUUUGUAUAGAAAAGGUAAAUGUGUCCUAAGAGGUAAGUCUUGCCAAAGAGUAAAGACUCUACUAUUAAUACCAGCAUAUGUCCACCAUAAUAUAUUGUGGCCUGUAAGACAUUCACAUAAACCUGCAUCCCUGCUGUGCUGUGUAGAGCAAAAUUAUCUAUCUAUCCACGACAUUCAUAUAUAAGUGAGUAAAGGGACACUAUUAAGUGGUCAGAAUCUCAUAAAACAAUAACUGGCCUCUGAUUCUAGUAGAAAAUUUCAGGGAAAGAGUACUUAAUGAUGCAUAAUACGACUGUACAACAGCAAAGUAAUAUUUAUUUAAAAGUGGCUCUGUUUGUUUGCUGUUUUUUAUUUACUAAUGUGGCAUUACUGAAGAGUAGAUUGAAGCAAUUAUAGUGGAUAAUAAUUUUUAAAAAGAUUUUUAAAUGAUAUUAUUGUAAGAUAAUUUUUUACUAGCUUCUUUGCUGCAGCACCGAUACCUAUGUAUACCAUAUUGUGAAAUUCGAGGCAACGUGAUUAUAAUUGGACUUGAAGAUCAUAAUGUCAUAGAGUUGUCGUAGACCCAUAGAUAAAAUUUUAACUAUGUAAAAUGGCUGCCAUACUGUAUAAUCUGGAUUAGGGAGGCAUUUGAUGUCCUUUUAAUGGUAGAAGUCUAUGUGUAGGGUGAAAUUUGUGCACUACUUUUUUCUUUUUAGCCAUAAGGUUUGGGGAAACGGGUGAUGGCACUCUGUUAAUCUGUUAGUGUGUUUUGUGUGAAGAGUACUUAACUAAAAUAUGUCUUUUUUUCCACGUUAAAUGAAGGGAUUAAAUUGGAAGGAAUCUCAGUACCAUGAAUAAAAGUCUUGCUCCUUAUUUUACUCAAGGUACUGACACUAUAAUGUGCAUAUCUUUGUGACAAGAUGACGGCAGCAAUAUGCUGCUUUUAAUGUAUGUACUGUACGUUUUGCUGUAUAUACGUCAUGUCUUAUGCCAACAGAGAUGUUUAAAGAUGCAAAUUAGCAUUGUUAGGAUGAGCUGUGCCGUGCUAUUUCAUUCUCAGGUGGAUUCUAGGGCAAUAAAGAUUAUCCCCUUAAUGCAAAACUCAUGGCACCGAAUGUCAUC